UGUUGUUUUUCUUCAUUAUAAAUUUAUUUCUCAGGGUCCGAUUGGUAUUAUGACAACCAGCGCUGGAGGACCUAUAGAGCAUAAAGACACAAACACACUAAAUUCACGAUUAAUAUUUAAUGAGUUCUUUAUGGAUUCUGUAACACAUACGGUCCGAGAACGUAUACCGGAGAGAGUUGUACACGCAGUGGCUGGUGGAGCAUUUGGUUACUUCGAAGUAACCCACGACAUCACGCAUAUCUGCAAAGCAAAAUUAUUCAGUAAGGUGGGAAAGAAGACGCCUGUAGCUGCUAGGUUUUCUCCAGUAGUUGUAGAACGAGGUGGAAGCGACACAUCAAGAGACGCCCGUGGCUUUGCAGUCAAAUUUUAUACAGAAGAAGGAAACUUCGAUAUUGUAGGAUUUAAUACUCCUAUGUUCCUUUAUAAAGAUCCUGUCAUCUUCCCUACCUUCGUGCAUUCAUUCAAGAAAAACCCAGCAAGUAACUUAUUUGAUGCGAACUCUUUUUGGGAUUUCCUCACUCUUCAACCGGAGACAUUCCAUAUGUUUCUUUUGGUUUUUGGAGAUCGUGGCAUUCCUAAUGGCUAUCAUCAUAUGCCUGGGUUCGGUAUACAUACUUUCGAAGUAGUAAAUGAACAUGGUACAAAAUAUUUCGUAAGAUUUCACUUCAUACCUGACGCUGGCAUUAAGAAUUUGCGUUCAGAGGAAGCAAAGAAAAUAAGUGCCGAAGAUGCUGACUAUAAUACUCGAUUACUAUACCGAUCCAUUGCAAAUGGCGACUUCCCCAGUUGGACGGUUAGUUUGCAGGUACUGAGUCUAGAAGACGUGAAAAAUGCUAGAAUAGAUGUAUUUGACGUUACAAAAGUGCUGCCUUUAGAUGAAUAUCCCUUGACACCUGUGGGUAAAAUGGUUCUAAAUAAAAACGCCGUAAAUUAUUUCGCUGAAAUAGAGCAGUUAGCAUUUAGUCCAGGAAAUCUAGUACCAGGUAUUCUCGGUGGCCCUGAUAAACUGUUUGAAGGUCGUCGUUUGGCGUACAGAGAAGCUCAGCACUAUCGUUUGGGUGUCAAUUUCAAUAAAAUUCCCGUUAAUUGUCCGAUACAGUCUAAAGUUUUUGAGUAUAACAGAGAUGGAAGGCCUCCAUUGAAAGAUAACGGAAAAGAUAUACCAAACUAUUAUCCGAAUUCAUUCAAUGGUCCAGUUCCAUACAAGGACCACAAAAGAGUUGAGUUGUUACAUAUCUUCGAGGAAGAUCCUAACAAUUUCGACCAAGCUAAAGAAUUGUAUACUAAUGAAAUGACAACAGAAGAAAGGAGACGUUUAGUCGAAAAUGUAUUGUAUAGAUUAGCGCCGGCCGCGAAAUUCCUGCAAGAGAGGGCUGUCAAGAUAUUUCACAUAAUUCACCCAGACCUCGGCAGUAAAAUAGAGCAAGGGUUACUAGUUAAUAGUACAAAACACUAUUGGGAUGAUUAUUAAAAAAGAUUGUACAUCAGACAGUUGUAAAAUAGUGAGAAAUUGUUAUUUAAUUUAUUUAAUGAAAUUCUAAAAUAUGAGAUAAAUUGUAAAAUGGUUACAGUAGCUAUCAUAACGUUAGUUACUUUUAGAAUUUUUAUCUUACGUGCAUAUUAAUGUACCUAAUAGAAUUCCAAUAAUAUAUUGUAGAAAUUUCAUUUCAAAACAUUUUGUCUAAAAAUAAUAUAUUUUUGUUCAGCAAUUAUUUCUAUUGUUAUGAUCAUAAUUUAGAUGAACUAACUACCUAACUAAUAUUCAUGACCAUGACUGUCAAAAUUAAUUAGUAAUUUUUUUUUGAGCAGUAGAUGGCGUUAGGCGUGUGCAAAAACGCGAUGGCAUAACGACAUCUUAGAAUUAUAUAACAUUUAGGGUUUAUACAUUUAGUAAAGUCUUUUUUGUAUAAAUCAAG